AACUCUGCAUGCUAUUUCUCUGGCAUAAUGCAUCUUUUAGUACGUAAAUGGGUAGUCAUGUAUCAUGUGUGGUCCUUUACUUUUCACUGCCUCUUCAAUUAUCUAUUAUAAUAUUUCCCGGAUUUAUCUCAUUUGCCACAUUCAAUAGGGCGUCGAUAUUUACGUUUAUUAGAACCAUUGCUCCUCGACACCAAAAGGAGCCUGACGAGGUGGCUCGGGUAACUGGUUACAAUGCCGCCUGGAUGCCUCCCUGCAAAGGUGUUCCAGGCACGUACCGUGGAGGGGAUGUUUUGGGAAGACCCAGGAGCCAUGGAGAGACUCCCAAGUGGCCCGGGAACACCUGGGAGCCCCGUGGACUAGCUGUACGAAAUGGCUGGGGAGAGGGAAGGCUGGGCAUCCCUGCUAUAGUUGCUGUCUUCUCAACAUUAUCUCUGAGAAGUGCAAGAGAAUGGAUUGAUGUUUUUUUUGUUUUAUUUUAUUUUAGCAAUUCGGCAAACCUGUUUUGCCUGUCUCGUUCCGUUUUUAAAUGUACUACCUUGACUUUAGGUCCGCAAACGCCCCACUUGGACGUGCUGACGUCACUUCCAAUCGGACGUCGUCCAAUCCGGUCGGCGCCGCCGAUGCCAUGUUGUGAUCGUUGUGGAAAUCGAUUGUGGCCGAAGUUCACUCGGCAAAGUGGAUCUAAAACUCUACUAAGAGCACAAUUUGACAAGGACCAUGGAGAAACGAGUCGCCGUUCCGUUUGUUUUCGUCGGGGAGGCGUGAUGGACCUGAAUUUUUACUCCCAUCUUACCGGCGGAAGCGGGCAGCACGACGGGGAUCCAGGGUUCCUGGACCCGCAGUCCUUCAAUGGAUUUGACUCAGACAACAAGUACCCAGGUGGCAGUGACAACUACCUGGCGAUUUCCGGGUCAGGCCACCCCUUCCUGGCUCCGUCGGAGACUUUUCACACUCCCAGUCUGGGCGAUGAGGAGUUUGAGAUCCCUCCCAUCUCACUGGACCCGGAUUCGUCCCUCACCGUUUCCGACGUGGUGUCCCAUUUUGGAGAGCUGUCGGAUGCCAGUCCCUCAAACAGCGUGGUGGUCCCUGGGAAUGCCGUGGUGGAAGGCGACGACCCCUCUUUUGCCUCCACGUUUGUCCACCCUCCUUCCCAGGGUCUGGAGCACCUAAGUCUGGGAGUCAUCAACCAGUCUGGAGGCGCCCUACUGGGCUCGUCUUUGGGAAUGGAUUUGGGCCAUCCCAUCGGGUCGCAGUUUAGCAGCUCAUCUCCGGUCACGAUUGACGUUCCAUUGGGAGACAUGAGCCAAGGCCUGCUGGGCUCCAACCAGCUGACCACCAUUGACCAGUCAGAGCUCAGCGCUCAACUGGGUCUCGGAUUGGGGGCUGGGAAUAUUUUGCAGCGCCCGCAGUCGCCGGAGCGCCCGCUGUCGGCCACGGCGUCACCCACCAGCUCGCUGCAGGAUGACGACAUGGACGACUUCCGGAGGAGCAUUCUAGUGGAAUCUCCCAUAUCUCAGAACUUUUGUCCCGGCGUCAUCUCCCUGGACCCCGCUGUGGCCGAGGCGCCGACAUCUGGCCUCGCCUCCGGCGCCUUGCCGCUUUCCAGCCGGAAGGGAGGGAGCGGCAGGGGUGGGAAGACGGGGAAGAAGAAGGAAGACCCUAACGAGCCACCGAAGCCCGUGCCGGCCUACGCUCUCUUCUUUAGGGACACUCAGGCGGCCAUCAAAGGACAAAACCCUAAAGCCACCAUAGGAGAAGUUUCAAAGAUCGUGGCUUCCAUGUGGGACAGCCUCGGGAAGGAACAGAAGCAGGUUUAUAAGAGGAAAAACGAGUUAGCCAAGAAGGAUUACUUGAGAGCACUUGCAGAGUACAGGGCCAACCUCAACUGUCAGGUUCCCAUCGAAGUGUUGGAUUCGGCACCGUCGCCGCCUCCGGCCCCAGCCUCUUCCCGCCCUAGCAGGGCCCAGCAGUACAACCCCGAGGAGAACACCAUCACCAACAUCUGCACUUCCAAUAUCAUCUUGGACCUGCCUCAGGUCACCACGCGCUCCCGCACGGGCGCCAUUAGACCGCAACCACCGACCGAAUCCAACCCGCCCACUGUCGCCAAGAUCAUCAUCAAGCAGACGCAGCUGCCCUCGGGUGGUGUGUCCGUCACGGCCAUGUCCGCCUCGUCGCCCCGACAGCCGCCGCCGCUGCAGCAAAUGCAGAGCACGCCGCCGCCGCCCAGGUUGCAGCAGAUGGUGCACGCCCAAGCGCCGCCGCCCCUGCAGGCCAAACCUCGGGGCGGCGGCGCCGUGGCUUCAGCCGCCCCGCCGCCGCUACAGAUCAAGGUGGUCCCGUCGGUACGACAGGUGGACCCUGGCGCUCAACUCAUUGUGGCGUCGUCUUGUGAAACUUCAAAUUCGGCCAAGGCGGCGGGACAGUCGGCCGCCGCUGCUGCUGCCGUGACAAGAGGGGAGGAAGUGAUGGAAGCGGAGGAAGGAAUGGAGGUGGAGGUGAAAGUGGCCCCCGGGCCUGGCAUCACGCCCACUGGCAGUCCAAACAUUUGCGUGCGCACCGGUUGCACCAACCCAGCGGUGGACAGCAAAGACUGGGACAAAGAGUACUGCAGCAACGAGUGUGUCGCCACACAUUGCAGGGAUGUGUUCACGGCCUGGUGCGCCAUCCGAGGGCAGAACUCCACCACCGUCACUUAGCAAAGGAACCUUUGUAAGGAAUCCAUCCAUCCAUCCUAUUUGUUGUUGUUGUUUUUAGCGCUUACCCUAUUCAGGGUCAUGGGGAAGCUGGAGUUUUUAUCUCAGCUGAUAGUGACUGAAAGGUGGACUGAACCCUGAAUUGGUUGCCAGCCCAUCACUGGGCACAUAGACACAAACAACCAUUUACACCUACAGUCACAAAAUCAGAAACCCCCGCCCCCCCCCAAGUGAAGGCCAGGAGAGGCUCAGGUAUUAGCACACAUCUUUGAUCCAGUUUGAGGAGUCAAGACGGUGCUGCCGGGUGUUUCUUUCUUCAGCUCUUUGUGACGAUUCAGUUGUGUGUUUGUGUUAUAUUGAUGAUUGAGGUGUGUGAGUGAAAUGUGAAAAGCCUGCUACCCUGUUAACAUUCUGGCCGUGGGAAAAGGUGGAACAAAUGCACCCCAUUCCAUCACGCACAAUUCUUUUCUGUCUGUCGUCUGGAUCGUUGGAUCAGGUUUGUCGUUCUGUCGUGCUUGCAAGGUGACUGCUAUAAAAGGCAACUUCUGACUUUGGGUGAGGGGGGUCGGUUUUAGUUUGAGGUUAAAAGAGAGGGUUCAAGGUUUUUAGAGAGGUGGUCGCCAUAUGUACUGGCCGCCUUCAGGACAAAAGCAACACUUGAGAACUGGUGCUAAGAUUCAAGAAACAAAAAAAGAACUGUCCUCUCGCUUGGAUUAUCGUUGUUAUUAACUGUGAUGCAUAUUUCGUGUCGUGUGGAACAGCUGAGGUGUCAAGAAAAAUACACCUAUUCUGUUGAUGCUACUGAAAAUGAAUUUAAGAGUUUUUUUAAAAAAGAAAUAUGAAAUAUCAUUGAGCGCUUGUGUGCUGAGGAAUUCACCAGGAAGUGCGAAUAAAACAUUUUAUGUUUUAAUAUA